GAUACAACCGCUCAGUUUCAGGCCGCUUGUAAUGACGGGUGUCACAAGUUUGUUUGGGCGCAAAUUACGGCUUUAUUAAAAAUUGCUCGGCGAAAAACAGUAAAGUUGUGUUAUUAACAAUAUUCGUUCAUUGGUUUCAUCAAAGUACACUGCUAACUAGCUUGGGAACUACACGCCAUACACGGCAUAGCGGCACAUUUCAUCGAUUGCAUUUGCAGCGCCGUACCCGAAAGCGAACGCAGCAACCGGACCACACACACGCGACGCGCUUCUCUCAAGAACUACCGUAAUUUGCGCUUUAAGCUAUUCGCCAGCGCCCCUAAAUAGUGGAAUCUCUUGAGCCUCAGUUUCCGGAUUUCCCGCGAGCAGAAGUAUUUGUGGUGUAGUUUGUUCAGUACGGUUAGCGAUUGACGCCAUCUUGGUGCAGACGAUGAGCAACAAAAAGCUGAAACCCGAGGAACCGGUCGAGGAAGCGAAUGAGUUUUCUGUGGAAAAGAUUUUGGACAGCCGGGUCGUUAACGGCAAGGUUGAAUACUUUCUCAAGUGGAAAGGUUAUUCCUCGGAAGAGAACACCUGGGAACCAGAGGAGAAUCUGGACUGUGACGACCUCAUUCAGGCUUUUAAGGAAUCCCGCAAAAAGAAAGAAGCCAAAGAAGAAAGUUCUGGAAGGAAGAGCAAGCUGAAGGACGCAACCGAGGAAUCGAAGGUUGUUCCUGCUAAACGGAAAAACACGGGAGAAAAGAAAAUGGGAUUCGACCGGGGUUUGGUCCCGGAAGAGAUUAUCGGCGCAACCGAUGACCAUGGAAAGUUGAUGUUUUUAAUGAAAUGGAAAAACGCAGCAAAUGCCGACUUAGUACCCGCCGAACAAGCCAACGUUAAAUGCCCACAAAUUGUGAUCAAAUUUUAUGAAUCUAGACUAACAUGGCAAUCGGCUGACUCAAGGACUGAAGCGCGAGGAGAAUAGGAAGUAAAGUGGAUCUUUUAUUGUGUAUGUUUUACGACAUUCUGUUUUCGGUUUUGUUUACUGUAUGCUUUACUCGGUUAUAAGUCUUCAUGUAGCACCGCAUCAACAUGAUCAACAAGAUCAACCAAACACUUAACCAACGUAAAGACCGUUAUGGUUCCAAGCUCGAAUCACGCCAAGGCCGAAAGUCUAGCGCAAAUAUGUAGCGUUUUAUCUAAAUGCAUUAUUUAUUGACUGCGCCACAUGCAGUAAUUUGAAAAUGUUCGCGUUGGUUGCAUUGGACGUAAACAUAUUCCGCAUCGCAGUUAAAUUUGCUAAAACAUCAAGCAUAACUUACUUGCUUAUGUUGAUUUUGAUAAACAUCCUCAUUCAUAAAACUUACAAAACAUUAGCUUCCAGAACUUUAAAACAGACUUAAUUCAAAAGCGCAUGGGUUCGCGCAUGAUCUCAGUUCUUGGUGCUGAUCGAGCUUGUAGAAGUUGUAACCUUAGACCAUAACUCGAAAAUAUCUGCAGAUUUUUCGACGUUCUUAACAUCACAACAAUUAUUUCAUGAUUAUUCGUGUAAGGGAAUGAUGACACCGAUGAUCAAAAGUAAACAAAAUACGAAAAUGAAUGUAAUUAUUGUAAAAUAAACUUUUGUCUUCAACACUUUACUUAUGUUUUACAUAAAACAAAUAUUUGGUUAGAA